CGCCGCUAAUCAGCGCCGCGACGCUCGGACCCUACAGGAGAUCCUUUAGAUCAGGUAUACAGAAGAGAAUAUGUGCUGGUAGUUCAAGUGCAUCAACAAGGGGAUCCACAACGCCCGCAGAAACCCAUAGCAUCGGCGUACCAGCCUGUGCAACCCACAGGUGUGCAAUUGAUCCCAGUGAGGUGAGAUAUACGAAAUGCGUCUGCUGGGGCUGCGUCUGGGGUAUAAAUGAGAGCAUCCCACCUCUUCAUUACCGCGAAACAAAGAUCCAACAGACGAGCUAUCAAAGCCUUCUCGAUAAUACAUCUAGACUGUAAGAUAGCUACUGAAAAACAUCACAAUGGCAGCCAUCAAGCCCAUCGCGAUCUACGGCUCCUUCAUAGGCCCCAACCCACUCAAAGUCGCCUUGAUCCUUGAAGUCCUCGGCCUACCACACGAGGACAUCGAAGUCCCCUACGGCGAAGUCAAAUCCCCCUCCUACCUCGCCAUCAACCCGAACGGCCGCCUCCCGUCCAUCCACGACCCAAACACAGGCAUUACGGUCUGGGAAUCCGGUGCCAUCAUCGAGUACCUGAUCGAGCGGUACGACACCACUGAACCCCGAAAACUCAGCUUUGCGCCAAAAACCCCCGAGGCCGAGCAUGCCAGACAGUGGCUCUACCUGCAGACCACCGGCCAGGGCCCGUAUUACGGGCAGGGUUACUGGUUUAUGAAAUUCCACUCGGAAAAGAUCCAAAGCGCGGUGGAUCGGUAUGUGAACGAGGCGAAGCGGGUUACGGGGGUUUUGGAUGGGUGGCUCGCGAAGCAGAAGGAGGAGUUCAAGGGUGAGCCUGGUGAUGGCCCGUGGUUGGUUGGGAAUAAGCUCUCGUAUGCGGAUUUGGCAUUUAUUCCCUGGCAGAGAGGCGCCAGACUUGGAUUUGGGCAUCUUGGGUUUGAUGCCAAGGAGUUUCCGUAUGAGAAUGAUUGGUACGAGAGAAUGAUUAAUAUUCCGGCUGUGAAGGCGAUGUUGGAGAAAGAGCAGAAGAGAAGAGCGGAGAUUGACGCGCAGAAGAAGUGACUGUAUUCCUAUUCCAACUUGGAUAGAAGAAUCUGGGGCGGAUAUUCGGGGAUUGAAUAGUUGGAGUAUCGGAUAGAGAAUUCGAUUUUUUUUCUUCUUCAAAUAUUGGCCCUCGUUCACUACCAGC